ACAGCACAUUACUCUUCUUUAUCGUCUUAGGAAAAUGUAUUCUCAUCAUCAUUAUAGUUACGAUAAUACGCCACGCGGAAGUGCCAAUGCGCAUUCACUUGGAAGACCUGCGUCAAUGCCAUCUCUCUAUCACACAUUGGCUUCACCUUCCUCUGCUACUUCGAAUGAACAUAACAAAAGUCAGCAUCGAGCAAGCUUGGACGGUAGUGUGUAUCAUGCGUCUAUAGCAAAUGCAAGUAACUGGCAAGAAAUCAAUCAUAGUACUAGUUGGAAUCAUAAUCAUCCUCAAGAGAGUACUCCUCCAUCAUCUUUGAAUACAGCCCCCGCUACAAAUUCAGUCUAUAAUUACAAUAGUAAUAGCAACAAUAACUAUCAUCAUGCUUCUUCGAAUAACAGCAAUAAUAGCAGCAAUAAUAACAGUUAUUUGUAUAACACGAACUCUGCUAGUGUACCUCAACCUCGCCAUAACCUUGUUGCAAGACCCAAAUUAACUACGACGUUAUGGGAAGAUGAAGGCACUAUUUGCUACCAAGUAGAUGCCAAUGGUAUUUGUGUAGCAAGGCGUCAGGAUAAUGACAUGAUCAAUGGCACCAAGUUACUGAACGUAGCAGGCAUGUCUCGUGGUAAGCGUGAUGGAAUUCUAAAAAACGAAAAAGGUCGUGUGGUAGUCAAAGUUGGAGCAAUGCAUUUAAAAGGCGUUUGGAUCACAUUUGCCAGAGCAAAAUUAUUGGCUGCACAAUACAAAAUUCAAGAAGUUUUGUAUCCCUUGUUUGUAGAUGAUCCUGGAGUAUUUCUUUAUUCAACAACACUCCAUAACCCCACAAACAGAAUCAGUAGUUAUCGAUCAUCUUUUGGAAAUAGUUGGGAUCGUCAUAGCACUCAUUUGAAUGAGAAUCCCUGUUCUCAACAACAAUCAAACUAUCGUAAUGCAGGUUUUCAAAAUUCAUUGUUAAACCAUAAUAAUGAAGACAUGUUUCUGUUACCUUCUCAAGUGGAUUACAAUCAUAAGGGAGGCCUAGUUGGCUAUGGACAUUCUUCUAAUUAUACAGAUCAGAAAUCACGUAUCUAUUUCUCUGAAGAGUUACUUGAAAAAGAAACAAACGAUACUCAUUUGUUUAACACCAAGACUCUAUUACCAGGAACAGCAACACUUUCUUCGCCUACAUCUUCAGAAGCAGGUAAAUCUUCUGCGUUUCAUGUAUCUCCUUCGCGCCAAAGUGGAGAGUUUGAACCCAGUAAUAAUGAAAAAAGACAAAGUCUUGUUAUGUCAACACCUCCCAAGAUGACAAGUCCCCGCCAUCACCCUUACAUGUCGCCUGGAAAAGGUCUCAGUAUUAUGUCUUCUAUGCAAUCUUUCAGAAGCACAAAUGAUGCUGAAUACAAUGCACAAAAUGACACCUCUUCGGCUGCUGAUAACAACAGACAUCCAUGGUAAAUUACUGUUUUUCUUGUUAUUUAAUUUAUAUAUACACCCUAUAAACACAUAUACAUAUGUAUGCACUUUAGGAUUACUUUCUAUAUGAAUAUUAUGAAAUUUAUUUAAUUUUUUAUAUAUAAAAAAAAUACCUUUUCUUUUUUUGCA